ACUCUUUCUACUCUAUAUCUCCUUAAAACAGUAGAUUGGUUUUUGUAUAUACCAGCUUUUUUCCUGUGGCUCUCUGCAGUCCUACCUAUGUUUCUGCUGCUCUUAAUUGCUGUGUAAUUCUUUCCUUUGUUGGUUUUUGGUAUUUGGGUCUGAAAUUACUGCAAUUCAACAUCCAUGUACUCUCUUUGUUUUGGGAGGGUCUUGGUCUGUAGGUAUCACUGAAAAGUUCAUAAAUUGAUAUGCUUUUGGUUGGGAAUGGGACUUGUGAGUGAUUAGGUUUCUUUUGAUCUCUGUCCGUGGCCGGUGAGUUUUGCUUCAUUGUGUGCUUCUCAGUAUUGUUUCUUAUGAGACACAGGUGAAGAACAAGUACACUGACGACUGAGCUGUGCAAUCUUUCAAUUCUUCUCCUGAUCACUCAUAUAGAGGAAACAAGCUCUUGACUUCAACAUGAUAACAGUGCCAAACUUGAACUUGGAAUUUGAGAGUGAUAAUUUAGAAGUCACAAGCCAAGUAACUUCCAACAACAUAGCUCAGCAAGACGAAACCCCUGAUCCCUCCAAGGACAGCACUACUUCUUCCUGUAUCACAAAUCAGACAAACCUUGAACAAAAUCCUGGGCCUAUGUUCCUUGACUUAUCACUCCAAUUUAGCUCCAAUGACCUCGAAUUGAAGGGCAUGGCAGGGGAGACUAACAGUGAAAUAGAAGCAGCGCCUGAUUCAGAAGCAGCAAUUCCAAGGGUAUUCUCGUGCAACUACUGUAAGCGCAAGUUCUUUAGCUCUCAAGCAUUGGGCGGACAUCAGAAUGCUCAUAAGAGGGAGAGGACAAUGGCAAAGCGUGCAUUGCGGAUGGGAAUGUUUCCUGAUCACAGGUAUACUAGCUUGGCAUCUCUUCCCCUACACGGUUCUUCUGCUUCUGCCUUCCGGUCUCUUGGGAUCGAAGCUCACGCUGCAAUGCACCAAAACAUGUUGAUACAGCCAGACCAGAGGCUACCUGUUCCUGACACAAGAGGUGUAGCAAGGUUUCAGCAGCAAGGCUACUAUGGAGUGCCGAUGCCGAUGCCGCCAAUGCCAAUGUUCAUGGAAGAUGAUGAUGUGGGUAUGUUUUGGCCCGGGAGCUUUCGACAGGUGGGUGAGGGAAUCCGAGGUCAUUUCAAUGUGGAUCAAUAUGCCCAAAAUUCACGAAUGAUCAAUUCAGGAAGGACCAUGCCACCAAAAAGUAGUACAAGUUCAUCAUCUUCUUCACCUGAUCUUACUUUAAAGCUUUGAGAUCAGUUUUGGUUAUUUCUGUUUAGAUCGAUAUAAUAUUUCCUACUUAUUUAUAUUUAUUAAACACAACUUAAUUUGUACAGUGAGAUGUGCAUUAAUUUGUAACGGCUGCAGAGAUUUCUAAAUUUUGGUUUAUGCCUGUA